UGUGGAUACACUUUCUGUGCAGACGCUUUUGGACGAACACCUGAAAACAGAGAAGAUCGAUCGCGCAUGCGAAAAGUGUGGCGCCAAGACAGCAUGUAAAGGCCAAAAGUUUGCUCAACUUCCCAGGUGUCUCGUAGUAUUCGUUAAGCGUUAUUCAUACGAUGAAAUAAACAUGAAACGAUUUGAUCGGAUUCAUAUCCCGAAAUACUUGACUUUAGAAGGACAUUGUGCACCCGGAAUUGAUCCAACAUGUCCGGCGGUGCCGGACAGUACCAAGUAA